AGAUGGCAGCAGCCAGAGGGAAAACACGCCGAGUCCGUCUCCGUCAGUGUUGGUCUGUUAGGCCGCUUGAAAGGAUCGAAGAAUACGGAAUAUUAGACAAGGUUACGACGAGAUAUAUAUCGAUUAAGGAAAGUACUUCCAUCGACGAUUUGAAAAGAAAAAGAAAACGUUUGCCAGUGGUGUAUGAAAAUCGCAUUUUGCAAAACUUAGUGCUGAACGUCUGCCUGUUUUUGGAUUUGUGACACGGACCAGAAUCAUACAAGAUUUUGAUCUAGGAAGUGCGAGUGAAUGGGAGGCGAGUAAAAAGCGAAAAAAAUAAAUAAAAUAAAUAAACGUGUGGAUGACAAGUGCGACACAAAGAUCCCUACGGAAAUUUCGUUAUUGAUUUCCUCCUGGUUGCUCGAGUUCGUCUGGUUUCCAACGCCAUGAAGUUAAGGGUCAUCUCCCUUGUCCAUCUAGUGACCAUCGUCAUAUCAAUAGGGGAUGCGCUAGGACAGCAGUACGAGGCCCGCCAGGGGGGUCCGGAGGGGGACUUGACUGAUGAAGGAUAUUCCCUCUCCAGUAGAAGACGCGACAACGAUUUCUCUAAGUCCCGUAGGACUUAUGACACCGACUUCGAUGCCGUCAGGGGCGCUUUUCAGGACACUGGCGAGACGUUGAGAGACCAGCAGAGCGCCUCUGGCAGCGGAGGCCGACUGAACACCGUGGGAAGGCGACAGCAACACGAUUGCGACAACAACGACAUAGCGGAAUGUGUCGGACUUCUAGAAGUUCUCACCAACAAGGACUUGGGAUUCGCUGCUUCCGUAGAUGAGCUCAAUAACAUGUGCCCGGUUCUUCUGAAUGGGCUUCAGUGCAUCGACAACUACACUAGGCGAUGUUUGUCCCUCAAACACAGAGAAUACUUCAACAAGCUCUACGCAGGCACCAUCCGAGUCAUCAAGGAUCUCUGUAACACCAAGGGAAAGUACCAGCUGGAGUACAUUCGCCACGCUCCUUGCAUGCGACAGGUGAACCCAAAGUACAAUGGAUGUUCUGAAGCCUACCACAAGAAGACAGCCGAUCUAAACCAGAUCAACGACGCCGUUGUGCAACUUUCCGACGAGGAGAAAAAUAAGAACGUCAUUACCCUUUGCUGCUCUUUCCAAGAGUACCUCCAGUGCUCCGAACAAGUGGUGUUCGAGACCUGCGGAAACGAAACUGCUCUUUUCACGAAGGAGUUCCUGGAUCGUAUGGCAGGACCCAUUGUACAGGAUCUAUGUCAAGCUUUUUACUUUUCAUUGCAUUCAUGCUCACAAGAAUCCUCCACUUCUGCUCAAAAGACUGUGGUAGAUUCAGACAAGGAAGUUUUCCAUGAUCCCUCAACUUUAUCAUCUGGUUCUGAUUCAGUAGAUCCUCAUUCAUCAGUACAGUCUAUGUUACCUCAUUCAGACUCUAGCCUCGUGUCUGUUAGUCUGAGUCCCAGACGUGAAACCUUUAUUGAAACUACAACCAAUGAGCUUCUUACUGUUCCCUCUGAUAAUGCAAGUGUUCAUGGUGAAGUUGAUUUUGUAAGGGAAGUGAGACCGCACAGCCACACAACUCCAGUUUCAGUUGAAGUAGAGGCUGUAUCAGAGAAGACUGAAGAAGCUACUGAUUCAAUGUUCAAGUGCCUUAACUAUGCACCAGGAAGCCAGGAUUGUAGUGCUGGGUCAGCAAGUGUAUGGCCAUCUCACAUGUCUCUGACUCUCCUAGUAACGACCCUUCUCUUCUUUAGAUGGUUUGUUGCCUAGUUGCUAAAGAAGCAAUGCCCUCAAAAUAGAAAUGUGAUCACAGAUGAAAUGAUCAUCCGUGGUUAAUGGUUGAAAAAGUUUAUGGCACAGAUGUCCACAGUCUUCUUUUACAGAAAUUAUACUAAUUUUAUUAUAUUGAUAUUGCAUAAUUGUAAAAUGUACAGUAUAUGACAGAAAAUAUAUUCCAGUUAUAAUCACAUUUUAGGUAAAUUUGGCCAAAUGUUUAUGGAAUAAGGUUAUUAAUGACAAAAGUUAUUUUUAAUUAGUACUCUGAAACACACAGUACCAUUAGUUAUAGGUUUUAUUGCUCAUGUAAAAACCUUCCCAUUUUCCUUCUCUUAUUUUGGGUCUGUUAUCACCUUUUCAAGGCAUAUUAUUGAAUUGGUUAAGGCAAAGAACAAGAGAAGAAAUUUUCAUUUUCUGGAAUUGAAUACUUUCGAAUUUUUGUCUUGCAGAAAUGACUUAGAACUAAAAAUUAAAAGUCAUAUAAAGAACAUAUAUAAUAGACAUCCACAAGUAGAAGGUACCCUUGACCAGUGAAAUGUACUGAUUCAACACCAAACUAAGAAGAUUAGUUCUUGUUACAGGUGUAUGUAUUAUGUCAAAAUAUUAUAUGGGAAAAUAUUGAUCUUGUGAAUACGUACUGUACUUGCAUUUCCACAACUGCGCAAAGCAUAGUACUGUACUGAAUUUGUGAUUAUUGAAAAGUAAGUAUGAUUCCAUGAAUGUAUAUAAUUCACAAACAAAUUUAGGGUAAUACAGUAUGUUAGUAGUGCAGUAGUAGACACUCGUAAUAAAGGAAAAUGUUAAAUAUUUUCCUUCAUUUUCUAAGGGGGGGAGGAUUUAUAACCUUAAUUAAAUUGUAAUUGAAUACUGUGAUAUUUACGAAGUUCACUGGAAAAUAAUGAACAGGCUUGUUUUCUGGUAAGUGGUUAUGAAUGUCUUAAUAUUGCAUGACAAGCUGUAAAGCAUUUUUAUUCAUAAUUAUGUGUUUUAUGAUACAGUCUUCAGUGCCAGUGACAGUAAUAGCAUUACCCCAAUAUCAUAAAAAUAUCUUGAUUUCUUUCAAUUUCUCUGUAUAGUAUUUUUAAUGUAAUUAUAUUUAAUGACUGAAUAAAUUUACUAAUUACGUAUAUUUAAUGGCUGAAUAAAGGCAUGAUAUAACAGCCUAAUACAAUACGUACAGUGGUUAUCAAAUAAUGUACGUACUGUAUGCAAUACAAAAAAAAUAUCUGCAGAACAUAAUUCUGUGUUAAAAAUCUACCUUCUUUUGUAUAAUUUAAUUGUUCAGCUUAUGACUGCUAUUUCAGACAUUUUGUUUGCAUAUUCUACAGUUAGAAUGUUAUGCAGUGUAACUUAAAGUGAAGUAUGAAUAAAAACAUGGUUAUUGUAAAUUAACUGUGCCCUUUCCAAACUUUGAUUAAGCUUUGAAAAUCAUGAGUGCACUAAUAUUUUGGCUCGUGGUAUAUAAUUUAUUUCAAAAGUAUGGAGAAGAGGAGCUAGCACUAAAAAUACUCCCUCGUAAUGGACAUGUGGUACAGUAAAGCCAACCGAGAAACUCAUUUGUACCUCAGAUUCAAGGUAGUACUAAUUUUCAAAGGUAGGCAAAAUCAUUAUUAUAAUUACCUUUAAAGAUCAGAUUCCUAAAAGUCAGUGUCCACAAAACUAAUUUCCUCUUGAAAGGUAUCAGCCUUUUAUUAUGAAUUACCACAGUGAUGCCAAAUCAUAUGAAUUAAAUUAACCAUGAAAUUACAUGUUGAUAUUACUUGAUUAAUACAAUAUGGGAACAUUUAUGUUGAUGGUUGUACUGCAGCCACAAUUAUGCUUAGACAGUCUACAGUGGUCCAUGUGUUUAUUAUUACUACAAUAUCUUUUUUUAUAAAAUUUUAAACAAUGGAAGCAUUUGAUUAACUUUCUUUAGCUAAAACUUAAACUAUUCUCUCUGCGAUUAUGCUGAAAAUACUGUACACUUGCUGUAGAAGAUCAUUUACACAUAGUUAUGAUUUUACAAUGUAGUAGAGUACUUUAGACAAGCCCAAUGAAAGUUACAUAUUUCAAAUCACUGGCUUGGAUAGACUACUUAAGAUAACUACUGUUGACUGAUAGUAAACCAUAAAAUAUUAUACAGUAAUGGCUUAAAACUACAAGAGACCAAAGAAUGUGUUAAGUUUCUCAAAACAAGUUACAGUGUAUGGAAUAUUAAUUUAAUGUAUUGCUGUUCAUGUUUUCUUGAGGGGUAUGUCGAUGUGCUUGAAAAUUUUUCAUAUACCGAACUCAUUAAUGCCAGACUAAAUGUACGUAUAUCACAAACAUAUCAAAUGUUGAGAUAUUAUUGUGCUGUAUAUACAAUAUAUCACAUGUAAAAAGUUAAUGUGUAUGACUACUGUAUAUUAUAAGUGUGAUUUGCUCAAAGUGAGCAUUUAUGGCAGUAGCCUUCAUUCAUUGGCUUUUGGUUGAAAAUAGCAUAUUCACAUUGUUUUAAAAAUAAUAUCAGUACUUUAAACAUUUAAAAGAGCUUUUUAAAUGACAUGAGGUUACUCCACAAGGCAAAUAAAUAGCCACAAAUACUGAAUUUAUGAAGUGUUAAUAGUUCAGACACUGACCAUCUUUUCCACAACCUUAAAACACCAUUCUUGAGAGUAUGUAUACCUUUGCUACAGGUAUAACAAGUUCUGAAAGCCUUUGUGGAGAAUGGAAUUGUGCUGUUUCAUUUUAAGGUACACAGCAUUAAGAUAAUAAGUGGAAUAUAAAAGAACCAACUUGCAAAAUCUUUACCAGCUACAGAAUGUUGUCAAAUACCAACAUAACAUUUGCUUGAUACUGAUACCUGACCAAAUUUGAUAAAGAUUACUACAGGACUCUCUCUUUUUCCCCUCAGAUUUUGGGUAAUUUUCAUACCCAAAAUCUUUAUCUGAGCCCCCUCCAAGAGGUUAUAAUUUUUUUUCCAAAUUAUACUGUACAUACUGUUAUUGUCAGGUUGAAGAUAUUUCUGUAUACAUAUAGUAUUGUACUGUACUACACAUUAUUCUUAUUAUAUUAUUAUUGUUAUUAUUAUUACUAUUAUUAUGGUACAUAUAAAUUUUAAUACAAUAUGGUACAUCAUUUUUUUAAAUACAUGUAGUAUAUGUACAUAAUUUUGAGUUACCAUAUCAUUCAUAAAAUCUAAUAGAAUAUACUGUACAUAUUGUGGUUGUCUUGUCUGGAAAAGAUAUUCCUAAUAAUUGGGCAUAACAAAAUUUGUAUACUAAAAAAGUACUGCAAAAAUUCAGAAUUCAUAAAAUUGGCUUUGUGCUCUAUCAUGUUGCAAACUUAAAAGUGUUGAAUUCCCUGUGCCAGCUUUCAAUAAGUGUCCCCAAACUAAAUUUAAGGUAUUACAUAUACAUUCCCACUGGCAUACACUCGCCCAGUAAUUUGGCAUCAAUGUCCUGCAUUCUCUACCUGGCUUCCAACACUCCUCCCCUCCUCCCAUACACACAUACACAAGCUGUAUCUUUUCUCUUGAACUAGGUCCUAGUUUUCUAAUUUCCACCUACCCACACUGCUCUCCCACACUCCAGAGCACUCACAUUUUCUCAAUCACUCAGUGAACAUUAAAUUAUUUGUUUUUAUCAUUUUAAUUUAAUUUUGGAGUUUCCAUAUUAUUACACAUUUUAUGCUAUGAAUAAUUAUUUGCCAUUUCAUUUCUGUUAUUUUAAUUUCAUUAUAUAGUACAUCUUAAAAACCUUUAAGUAAAAAACUGUAUGUGCUGAUGAAAUAAUUACGUAAAAUAAUUUUCCUUACGUAAUCUGCAUGUUUUGAUGAAAUAAUUACCAAGUGCAUACUUACAAUAAAAUAUUUACAUCACAGGUGACAUAUACAAUCCCUGGUAGGGUGAGGGAGGGGUUUGCUUGGCAAGUGGCCUAUUCAAUCAUUUUCUAUUUUUAAUUCUUGUUUUAUUUCUCGUUGAGUAAUUAAUGUGUGCAUAUACAAAAUGGUACAGUACUUUUGGUAAUGAUAUAGUACAUAAAUUCUCUGGGUUUUGUUGGGAGUUUUGUAAACAAUUUGUUCUCCUCUUUCUUCUUAGAGUUUGCAGUUUUUAAUUGUUUCUCUGUGCUAUUUCCUUUGCAUUUCUUGUUUGAUUAUGCAGUUAGUUUAACUUAAAUCAUUUGAGUAUUUUGUUUACAGCAUGCACACAUGUGCAUAUAUUCAAUGGAAAUAUAAUGCAAAACAAAUUGAGGGGGUUCUUUUAUGACUUAAAUUCUUAAUUAUGUGGCCAGGAACUUAUCCCUAUCAAUAUUAUUCAUAAUCCAUUAGUUAUGAAAUCAAUUACAUUAUGCUCUUGAGGAACAAGUCUAAUUGUAUAGAAAUAGAAAGAGUAGCCUGUAUUAUUAACUUCGCCAUGCUGCAAUGUAUCUUACAUAAAAAAAAAUUUCUAAAGCAUAAACAGAGGAUCAGUUACUUCAGAGUGCCCUACUUUCAUGAUAGCAGGUUACUUUGUUAUUCACUUUGCCUCUACUGUAUAAACAUUGGACAGAUACCAGUAAAAACUUGGUGAUAUGCUGUUUUAUGUCGAGUAUCAUUUUGCUGUUUUGCUUGAAUUGUUAGAUUUUGGGUCUACCUUAUUGUAUAUUGCUGUAAAAAAAAUUUAGCAAAUUGUUAGCAUUUAUGUGAAAAGAUUUUUUAUGCUGUUUUCUUCAUGGAACCCCACAAAUUAGUAUAUUCAGUAUAUAAACAUGCUCACUCUGUUUUCUACUUGAGACUCCUAGUAGCUCAAACCAGACUACUACUAAGGUUUCAAAAAUUCAAGCGAUGCUCUGUUUUUUUUAGAACAUUUGCAUCAAUGCUAUUCUGAAGUAUAUACUGUACAUGUACUUUAUUAAUGAAAACUUGCAUAUUAUAUCAUGUCUUGGUUCAUAUUCUGUAAGUAAUCUGGAAUUAGGAAAAUUUAAUCUGUCCUCAAAAACUGUACUUCAAAGCAAAAUACAGCACGUACAUGAUUAUUACAAGAAUAUGAGCAAAUAACAGACAUAACUUGUUUUGAUUGUCUGAGGAAUUGCAGUUUGUUAUUUCUCUGGAUUCAUUUUGAUGUCACUCACCACUCCUGUCUCUUACAAAACCAUCCUGCCAUUUUUGGGAUAUUUCAGACUUCUCAUGCUCUUUCUGUAAAGGAUAAUGCUAGAUUAAGGAGACAGUGCUUGAAAGUAGGGCAUGCAGUGUCCACUUUGCUUAGUAUUGUAUUCUUUUAAUUCUGUUAACUUGUGAUUUCCUAUUACAUCAUAUACUGGCUUGAUAAAAAUUUUAAUAAGAAGAUAGCUAAAAUAUACGGCGAUUUAAAAGGACAUGAAGAAAGUAGCAUUACUAUGACUAUAAUAGUAUUGAUUUAAGUUCAUCUUUAUUUUUCUUUAUGUUUUUAUAAUUAGUCAUGAUAUACACAGAUUUCAGCAGGUUCAUAAUGUUGUUAUGUAUACCUCCUGACAUUACAGGUUUUAUUUUGCAAUUCAAUCUAAGUGUUGCAUUGAAAAGAAAAUGUUUGUAUCAAAAGUAGCUACUAGCAGUGAAGAAUGAAAUCUGUAUUUUUAUGGAAAUACAUACAAUGCAUACGAAAAACAUGUUUACCCACUUGUAAUUACUAAGAAACCCAAUAAUUUCUUCCAAAUGCUUAAAAGUAUGCAUGUCAUUGGUGACAACAAAAAUGUAAUUUCAACAUUAAUUUGUACAUAAAAGCAUUGUCUAGCAAACCUUGUAAUGUACCAACUCAAAAAGCAUUUUCUAGCAAACCUUGUAAUGUACCAACUCACAGGUAACUAUUUAUAAGAAUAAAUGUAUUAUUUUGGAUUCUGGAACAGAUAUUUAUCCCAAAUGGCUUUUACUCUAUAUCACUUUUCACUGCUUCAGAUGUAGAUACGUAUAUACUUUUAUCAUCUUUACUCUUGUGCGCUUUAGUGAAAAAAUUUAUCCAUCACGUUUGAAACAAAAACCUCCAGUUUUUUAGGUUUUGCCAAUCAAACCAGUGCUGUAGAUUUUGUUAUUAUUUGUAUUUUGGAAUUCCUGAAAAUACAUAUGGUUUCUUUCAUAACAUGAUGGAGCUGCAUUACUUUAUGUAUUCAUGUUAUUUUAUACUAAGAAUGGCCAGUUCUUAGAAAUCUCAAUUAACUUUUAAAAAGUAGGUUCUAGGGUGGAGUAUAUUGUGAAAUUCUCUUUUGAACCUAUUGCUGUAAAUAUGUACAGGGAUCUUCUUUUAUCUAGGAUGUUUAAAUUCUUUUAUGUGGAGAACUAAAUAAAGUGUUUAUUAUGAU